CUCUCUCUCGAUGAGCACUUGGCUAAAUCGAAACCAGUGAAUCACCGAGAAGACAGAGAGAAAUGGAGAACGUUUUGUCGCCGGCGGCCGAAUUAGCUGCGAGAGUAUCGUCCCUGUUCGUAUAUCCGAUCAAAUCGUGCCGGGGAAUCUCCCUGUCUCAGGCACCUCUGACUCCUACCGGAUUUCGAUGGGAUCGGAACUGGUUGAUUGUGAAUUCAAAAGGAAGGGGAUUGACUCAGAGAGUUGAGCCAAAGCUUGCAUUGAUCGAGAUAGAGUUUCCAGAAGAGGCUUUUGCUGAGAACUGGGUGCCCAAGAAGAGUCUCAACAUGGUGGUUAGAGCUCCCGGUAUGGACUCCCUUAAUAUUUCAUUGGCUACACCCAAGGAUAUUGCUCGUGGUGUCUCGGUGUGGGAGUGGUCGGGCUCUGCCUUGGAUGAAGGGGAGCAAGCCUCCCAGUGGUUUACAAAUUUCCUCGGGAAACCUUGUCGGCUUGUUCGUUUCGAUUCAGCCUCUGAAACUAGGCCGGUGGAUCCUAAUUACGCUCCGGGCCACUUUGCAUUGUUUUCAGACAUGUAUCCGUUCUUGCUUUUGUCACAGGGUUCUCUUGAUGCCCUAAAUAAGCUUCUUAAGGAGCCUGUACCGGUCAACCGGUUCAGACCCAACAUCUUCGUUGAUGGUUGUGAACCGUUUGCCGAAGAUUUAUGGACAGAGAUUCGGAUAAACGACUGUACUUUUCACGGCGUGAAGCUGUGUUCUCGCUGCAAGGUACCCACGAUUGAUCAAGAAACGGGUAUCGGAGGGACGGAACCGCUCGUGACACUGAGGAGUUUCAGGUCGGACAAAGUGUUACAGCCAAAUCGGAAACCGCAAGGAAAGAUAUAUUUCGGACAGAACAUGGUCUGGAAGGAUGACGAGACAAGAAUUGGAAGGGGAAAGGCCAUUGAAGUUGGCGAUCAUGUCUUUGUCUUAGGAAGGGUGACCUCUUCGGUAGAAGCGGCGACUUGAAUAGGAAAUGCUUUGGCAUUGGAUAUUGAUUCUUGUCUUAUUGAAAUUUCACAUUAGUGGAUAAAUACUCAACGACUACUAGGGUGACUUAUUUGGGUUUCGGUUCGAUUAUUUCAGUUUUUAGAAAAACUAUAACCAUUCGAUUUUUAUUUUGAA